UAAUCCAAUGCACGCGGGAUGUUACAUCGAAUUACCGCGGGAAAUUAUGUUAAAGCGAGCGGUGAUCAAUGUACGAUCCAAUGACAAUGCGUGUUUCGCGUGGUCGGUGGUCGCGGCUCUGCAUCCGGCUGAAAGGAAUACAAAUCGGGAAUUGUCGUAUCCGCAUUAUACGGUGUUAAAUUUGCAAGACAUUACGUUUCCGAUGACGUUGAACCAAAUUAAGAAAUUCGAACAUCUCAACGACAUCUCAAUCAACGUCUACGGUAUCAAGGAAAAAGAGAUUCUCCCGAUAUGGCUGACAUCAAGGAAGAUGGAGAAGCACGCAAAUCUAUUGUACGUGCAGGAUCCGCGUGACGACAACGCGGAGCACUUUGCGUACAUCAAAGAUCUGUCCCGUCUUGUGAGCUCGCAAAUAAACAAGAAGAAAUGCAAGAAAUACUUUUGCGACCGAUGUCUACAUUACUUCAGUUCAUCUGAAAGAUUGCAAUCACAUACAACGGACUGCGAAAAGAUGAACGAUUGCGCCAUCCGACUGCCGAGCGAAGACGACAAGUGGCUCGAAGAACCACACGAAUAA